GCUGUCCAGAAAGCACUAAACGUUCGUGAGGGAACGACAUUGGAGUGGGUGAGAUGCAAUGAAAGCAUGCGUUAUAGAGGUAAGGAGAGAACCGAGUCAUAUGCGUAUGAUGUCCCAAGUGCCAUUGAUUAUCAUCGGCAUCUCACCAACAAAUCCUGUCGAGCACUAAUUUAUAGUGGUGACCAUGACAUGAUUGUUCCUCAUUUGAGCACGGAAGAAUGGAUAAACACUUUGAAGCUGCCAAUUGCAAGUGAUUGGGAGCCUUGGUUUAUCGACGGUCAAGUGGCAGGAUACAAGGUGAAGUAUUUACAAAAUGACUAUGAGCUGACAUAUGCAACUGUUAAGGGUGCGGGUCAUAAUGCUCCUGAAUUCAAGCCAGAACAAUGCCUUCCCAUGCUUGAUAGGUGGUGUUCCGGUGACCCUCUUUAGUUUCACCCUUGCAAGACAUUAAUGUACUCCUUUGUUUCUCUCGAUCGACAUAAGUUGCUUCUUUGACAUAUAUAGCAACACCAGACAUUAAGAAUGUGUGUCGUGUAAUCUUGACAUGGAAAAUAGCAAGUUAAAAUAUAUAUGAUUCGAGGUUGAUACUAUUUA